GGGGUGUAUGUUUAGUUGCAUUUUGUAACAGUUUCUUCCUCAUUCACAUAUUAUCGGAUGAUAUUUAGUUUACUAUUACAAGCCAUUGUAAAAAUCUAACGUUAACUUGUCUUAGGCAGCUGCACGAGCAGAUUCUAUUUUUUUUCACUUGCGUCAAAUUGCCGAAAUGAAAGUGAAAGUUCUGUGGAGUCGAAUGGCACAGGGAAAGACAUCUCCGGAAGACAGUUUUGUAACAUUAUGCGUUUAAACGUCAAUAUUGUUAUCUGUUUAUUUCUCUGUGCAGAGGUGCUAGGCAUCCAGUCUUUACAACAGGUGCCUUGGCUGCCUUGUAUGCUGGUGGAUGAACUUGUAAAGUUCAAUGAUGAGGGACAUGCUGAAACCCAGUAUCAACACAGAAACGCUGGGCUGCAGUUUGGCCAUCCAGGGGACAGUGCAUUGAACCCUAAUGCCAUCACCUUCCUUGUUACAGGCUCUAAGGUGGACAUGAGGAAGUACAUUGAAGGAGCAGUAGUGGAGCACCAGCUGCAGUGUGAGAUCCGCAGGUACAGCACAGAGGGUAUCCAGAUGCGUUGGCCAGGUUUAGGAGCCCAGGAUCACGACAUCUGGUUCACCAGCACCUUACGGCACACCGACGGCCACUUCGUCAUCACCAGCUUCCUCAGACAUACCCCUGCCACACCCACACCUGGCCAGGCAGACUACCGCAACUGGCCCGCCAUCGCAGACAGAGAGAUGCUAACCACCUCAACUGCGAUGCUAGUCUUCACCCGCACUCCCUCUGUGUGGGUGGGCCUAAUGAAGCAACCGAGCCUGCACUGUCAGUUUGACGUGGACCACAAGGCAGUCGACUUGACAGUGGAAUGGCGUUUGCAACGACGCGGCGAACGGACCACGCUCUUCAGCCACUCCAGACGCUCGGGCCAAAGGGAGGGGGGUGGGGUGGAGCUUAAGGGCAUCGGUAGGGGCGACGCAUCCCUGACGCUCCCCCUCACCAAGCAGAGCAGCGAGGGGACAUAUGUCUGCCUUGUCUCGGUGCCUCCGCUGUUUGGCAGCCAUGAAAUCGCUCUGCACAUCAUGGAGCCUCCUCGCGUGUCCUUGAACGUGGACUCUGUCAUCUCCUUGGUGGAAACGGAGAAGCAGAAGGUGGUGUGUGAGGCAGAGGGCUACUACCCCCUGGACGUGGAGAUGGAGUGGUUCAGGGAGCCCAGUGGUGGAGGUGGAGGCCUCCUACCAGAGAAGCUGGACACUGUCCUGUACUCCAGCCACCGCCACCACCAGGACGGGACCUACUCUCUGUCGGCCUUCUUCCUGCUCCACGCUUCCCUGCAUGACUCGGGCUCCAAGUACUUCUGCAGGGUGUCUCACAGCUCCCUGCGCAUGCCCAUCCGCAAGAGUUUCACCCUCAUCGUCACAGAGGUUGACAGUUGGAACUUGCUGUGGUUGUUCUUUGGCUGUGGAUUCAUCCUGGUCAUGGUGGCCACUUUGUGUGUGAUGCUACCCCGCCUGAGCUCAGCAAGAGCAGCAAACAAGAGAAAGCCCUACUGAGAGAACAUGCCAGAGUGGUUAAAGCUGAUCUCCAUGGAUACAGACAGUCCAUUCCUACCCUCCUUCUUCUCCUCCUUCUCUUCAUCUCAGUACUUCUCUAUCAGGUGGUUUAUUUUGGGAAUGUGGGUAUAGUGUGUGUCCAUCAAGUCAUUUGAUAUGGGGUAAUGUUUCUUCCGAUUCUCCCAUUAUAAAAGUACAGUAAAUGUAGAAAGAUUGAUCAUGUGUUUUUCAUUAUUUGGGAACGAGGGACUAUCCCACAAGGUCAUAGUACUGCUCUAUGAUAAUACCACUCUAAGAUUGUGUAAGGUAGCUUAAUUUUGCUAUAAAAAAUAAUUGACAUGGAAUGAUGAUUUUCUUUUAGAAAAAUGCACGAUCAUGUUUGAUUUGAAAAUAUGCACUAAGAAAUGUAUUUGUUUGAAGUUAUUGUUUUCAUUAAUUUCAUGUAUUUAAUAGUUGCUGUUGUUUUGACUGUUUUCGCUCUAGAGAGCCAGUGUCAGAGAACCUGAGGAACCUACUGGGAACAUAACUUAAAAGCAUGUCUGACAUGUAUUGGGGUGCACAAUCAUGGAUUGAUUUAAAAACCAAUAGAAGAAUCUUAACAUUAAUUCUAAAACUCAUAGGGAGCCAGUGCAGAGGCCUUAAAACCUGUGUAAUAUGUGCUCUCCCUCUGGUCAUGGUCAGUACCCGUGCUGCAGCGUUCUGUAUGUUUAGCUGUUGACCAAUGGCUUUCUUGGGCAGACUAGACAGGAGAGCAUUACAGAAGUCAAGCCUGCUUGUAAUAAAAGCAUGGAUGAAUCUUUAUGUAUUAGCCUGCGAGAGAAACGGCCGCACCUUGGCAAUGUUCCUCAGGUGGUAAAAAGCUAUUUUGGUCACAUUCCUAAUGUGUGAUUUGAAAUUGAGUUCAGAAUUUAAAAUGGCGCCUAGGUUUUUUACCUGGUGUUUUAUCUUUAUUGCCCAUGAAAUUAAAAUGUGCGGCCAGAUUCUCUCUGUAUGCUUUGGCUCCAACAAUAAGUAGCUCGGUCUUGACUUAGCUGGAGGUUAGCUGAAGUUGUGAGCCAGCCAAGUCUUUAAAUCACUAAUACAGUCUAACAAUAUAUCUUUGGAGCUAAAAUCCUUUGGUGCCACAGAAAUGUAAAGUUGUGUAUCGUCUGUGUAGCAGUGAAAUGCAACGCUGGGCUUUCUGAUAACGCUGCCAAGAGGCUGUCCGUUUGGAUGUGUCCUUUUUCAUCCUUACUGGAGCUCUAGCAUCAAUGGUUGCCCUUCAUUUCCUAUCAAAGUUGUCCCCUAAAUCCUACAGGAGGACUGCAGAAUAGGUGAUGGAGUAUUGUUCAUGCACUCAAUGAAAUCUGGAGCAACUUC